GUCUAAUGAAAUUCAGGGGGCGCUAGAUUUGUUUGGUGUCUUCUGCUCUGAGACUUUUUCUUUUAUAUCUGUGGGACAUUGAUUCAGUGUUUAGAAAAUUGACGAUGUCAACACUUUUUUGAAAAUAAGAGUUCUAAAUAGAAAACAUGUCGCAAGUGCAGAGCUACGAGGCUCUCUCUCUGUUCGAGUGUUCCAUUAAUGCCUUUGUAGAAUUCUUACAUAGAACUGAUGAUUGGGAUGUCGUGAAAUUGCUCCCCAUUCGGAUCAAGGAUGUUCUUUUUUCCAUGAUGAGUGUCAGGGGAAAGGUAACAGAUAAAAAUAUUGAAGCAGUAAUACACAAGAAAGUGAAAGUGGCUAACUUAAUGGAGUGUGAAAUCACAGAUUAUGGACUGUUACAGUUAGCAGAGUGCGAGGAGUUACAAAUGCUCAACUUGGAUUCUGUAGAUCCUAGAGAGAACAUCAGCUCCACUGCCUUUGCCACUCUGUUUGACUCUUGCCGCAAACUGAGAGAAGUGUGCCUCAGUCACUGCGUCAACAUUGCUGACGACGCGGUGAACACACUAGCAGUUUCUUGCCCCAAUCUCGCAUGUCUGGACAUCAGUAAUUGCAUCAAUCUGACUAAUAGGUCACUAGAGGCACUUGGGAUGUUUGCCCACAAUUUGGAAUUCAUCAACUUCUCCAACACCAUGGUUCACGAUGAAGGGGUGAGGUUGCUGGUAAGCGGUGCCUGUAAAGACAAACUGAAGGAAAUCUGCAUGAAGAACUGUUGUUUCCUAACAAGUAAUGCAGUCAAACAUGUGGCAGUAAACUGUUCCAAUUUAAGUAUAUUUACAUUUGAUGAAUAUCCGGUAAUCUAUUUUGAGAGCGAUGGAGAGAUGGAUUCCGAUCCGGAAAUAGAAUUGUUCUUGAACGAGCAGAGGCGCUUCAGGAAACAGAUUUCGUGGACAAUCAGUUGAACCAACUGUACCUAAUGUAUGUACUGUACAUAGAACUGUGCUCGUGUAAGAUUUUCUUAUCAAUUUUAAAAAAAAAUUGAUUCAACUUAAUAAAAUUAUUUUUCAUAAUUGUUUGUAUUUCUUUACUUCCCACAAGACACAUAUUUUAGUGAUAUCUUUUUGCAUAAAUAUAUUUGUCCCAGGAUUAUUUACAUGAUUAAACAGUACCUAUCUUGAUAGGUACUGUUUAAUCAAGACAAUAGACAUUUUAACAUGACAAUUCUAACAUGGAAGUAAUUUGGAGAGAGCAACAUCAAUCAUUAAAUCAUUGUUACUAUAAUUGUAUCCUUGUAUGAAAGGAACCAUUCUAAACCAGUGGUGGAUUCCGUAACAAAUUGUGGCAUCUGAAAUAAGAGUCAAAUUUUUCCUUGGUAGUUUCUCUUUGGUAAAGGUAAGUUUGGCACUUUGAAUCCACACUGUAAACUUAUUAUAAUUGCCUCUGUAUGUCAUGUUCCAGCUUUAGCAAUAUGGUGAAGCUUUCAAGAACAAAUUAGAUAUUAGUUUUGAAAUUUAAUGGUCAAGUUUUUACAUUGGCUUCUAGUCUGAGGACUUACCACAUCUUUUGGGAAAUAUUUUUACUUAAACAUCAUGAGACUUUUUUGCUAUUCUAUUUUAUUAAAUAUGCAUUUCGGACAGGUUAUGUUCCUCUUUAAAAUAGAUACUUUUCAAGUUAAAAGUUUUUACAAAUUCAGUGAAGAACGUAUACAUUGUUUUUAUUUUUAUUACAUUCUCCUUUUUUGACUUUAUCUGAGACCAUUUCUAAAAUUAUACAGUAGAGCGUCGAUUUUCCGAAAGUCAAUCAUCCGAAAGAUUUCCAGUCGGCAAACUUAAAUUUUCGCCAGUGCUGUGGAGCUUCAAUCUUUGCCUAUGUCUCGGGCUACUCAAAUAUUUUACGUUUUUGAUACUAAAUUAACAUCUGAAGUAUAAUUUUUUGUUGUUUUUAUAUUUUUCAAUAUAUUU